AUGACUACUAAAGAUCUGGCCCCGGAAAGCGAAGAGCAAAAGUAUAGAUUGAAAUGCAAAGACUUGAAGAGAAGAAUAGAUGAAGUUGACCAAAGCAAUGAAUUGGUUACCUUAGCAAUCAAUAGAACUAAAUCAUCUAUACGUCGCUUGAGAUUGGAAUAUUCUAUAUUAUUGGAGCGUUUGGAAACAAAUUCUGUUAGUUUUCCCGAUACAUUGGAAGAAAUGUCACCUCCACCUUCUCCGUCAUUGGAUUUGAAUGAGAAAGCGAAGUCAGGAAACAAGAGACCGAAGAAACUGACUGCGCCUAAAGGUACUUUGAAAAACCGUAUAAGAGACCCAAAUCUUCCCAAAAGACCGACAAACGCAUAUUUGAUAUUCUGUGAGCUGGAGAAAGAAAGAAUCAAGAAUGAAACUGGUGAUAGUUCCUUAUCUUCAGUUCAUGAUUUGGGUAAGAACCUAGUGGAAGCCUGGAAAAACUUAGAUGAGGAGGCUCGCAAGCCUUAUCAUAAGAUAUUUGAGGAUGAAAAAGCUAGAUACAGAAGGGAGAUGAUUGCUUACAGUUUAAAAAAUAGUGAUCCGUUGGAUGCAACCCGAGCUGAUACAGAAGGUGAAAUAGAUCUAGAUGGCGAGGCAGAAGUUGAAGGCAAUGAAGAUAAUGACUUAGACAAUGAAAAUGAUCAAACCAAUAUCAUCAAUGAAGACGACAAUGCCACAAUCAGAGACACAACCAGGAGUGCAGCAAAAAUUAAUACCAGAAUUGAAAUCAGAGCCAAGUAUUGA